AUGGGCUUUUCCAACAACUCAGACUCUUCCCUCCGACCAGGCGUUGCAAGCGUCGCCGGACGACAGAACUAUACCCAAUCGAAUACUUCACAGCCAACAUAUCCGCAGACUGGCUCGGCAAUGCAGCGAUCUCUGGCUCCUAAUCCGGGCUUGGCGAAUCCGUCUAUGGCUCCAAAUCCUCCGAUUCCUGGAUCAGUGGUCAGUCGAUGGGGUGCAGGCGCAAGCCAAUUUCCAGGUAGCCAGAUGGGAGGUACGCGAUCUGCUUACGAGCCCUUUGGCAGUGGCCGCAAAACCAAAUGGCUUAGGAACAGCGUCUGUAUCAAAGCAACCUAUGAUCGCGCCCGAUUUAACAAGGGUGAUGUGAUCCCCUUGCCUUUCCACGCUCCGGUCAUGAAUGAGAACCUCGCUCCAACCGAUGACAAUCUCAGACAGUCGAAAUGGGGUCCAGUCCUUUCGAAGCGUCGUAUGUUCAUCGUGCUUUGGAAGUUCAAAACACAUCUCUUCUGUGUUCCACUCUACUCUUUUGGUCUUCGCGGCUUCCAGGCCAAAGCCAAUCGUCCUGGGUUCGAAGACUACAUUACAGUAAUGAACGAGGCAGAUGAUCUAAAGCCAGAGCCCUUUGACAAUCAGGGCUGUCAGUACGAACCUCUAGUGUUUAGACAUAUCCCUGGCGGCUUCGCGCUGGAGCCCUCGACUUGUUGCCAUAUCACAGCUGGCGUGCAGAUCAAUUGGCAAGAGCAUAUCUACGAUGUUGGCAGGAUCGAUAAGCAGAGUUAUCUCAGGCUGUUGCGUCUUUACAAGGCAGCCGCAAAGAAUGCCGAGGAGGAGAAUUAUGCGUUUCCCCAGUAG